AUGCAGGCACACUUUGAGAACAUCCAAAGAAUAUCUGAUAUGACGACAUUGCCCCAUGCAAUGCUAUCUUUAAGUAGUCAAGUAGCAGAAGAGUUGGACGUUAUGAACCUGGCAGAGAGGCUAAUGAAAGGGAAGGGUCGGCCCAACACUCUUGCGUCAUCCGAGAGACUCGAGUUAUGGGAUAGACUCAAAAUAUUAAGCCCCUCUGUCAUGCAAUUACAAGAUCCAUAA